AUGAACGGGCUGCCGUGGAACGAGUUCGUCAACUUGUCAGCGGCCAAAGUUCAUCCUUACUGUGAGCACGACUACAACGUUCACCGAUGGCUCACCGCCUACGAGGGAAACGAGGAGGAGACGGCAAAAGUUUUGAGAAGACAUCUUAAUAUUCGUGAAGUUAUGUCGCUCACAUCUCUGCCAAACGCCAAAGGGGAAGAUAUUGACGAGGAGGCAGAAAUGUUCCGCGAAGAUUACAAAAUUAUUUUUGCACUCCAUGUGCUGAAAUGCACUGCAGAAGACGAGCAAUUUCAGCGAGGACUGCUUAAAGUAACGCGAUUCCUACGCAUGAAGUUUCGAACAAUGGAACGUCUACAGCAAAGAGUUGAACGAGAAGAACGUCGUCAGGACCAGCAGAGCGGCGGCCUGCUGAUCAUGGACCUCGAUGGACUUUCAUUUAGCACAACCCUUCUGUCAGUUUUAGCAGGAAUCAAGCAGAAGAAGGAAAUCCCGUAA